UGUUGGGAUUUUGCGUUAGAGAUUUUUUGGAUGUGUGUGAUAUGUUCACGAGCGGCUGCACGUCCCUGUGAAGCCCUGCCUUCUGAGAUGAGAUAUAGCCAUCUGCCGGAUUACAGCCUAUACGCAGCCAGUGAGGGUUUUAUUCUGUUUGAAUGAGGAAAACAUCGCGUCUGCCUUUCUGAAAGCUGUCACAUGGGGCCAAGGAGGGAAAAAAUCGCUUCCUGAAAUGAUCCUCGUCACUGGCUGUGAAUUGUUUUUGUUUUUUUCUCUCACAUCGAGUCGCGUUUAAUUUUUCUGUCCGGAUCUUUUGGAUCUUCGGCGCCGAUGAUGAUCAGCAAAGUUAAAAACGCGAUGUCCACUCUGGUGGGAGGGAUGAUGCCGCACGGACACCACCACCACCACAACCAUCACUUAGGUGGCGGCCAGACCUGCGGACUGGACAGCCUGCCGCCGCGCUUCCCCUACGGCCGGCCGGAUUUCUUGGACCUCACCCCGGAGCUCCUGCAGUACUCCACCGAGCACGCAUCACGGCCGGUGCUCACGUUAAAGAGAGACAGCAGGCUUCCCUGGCGGACGGGAUACGCAGAGGUGAUCAAUGCGGGGAAGAGCAUGCUGAAUGAGGACCAGGCCUCUUGUGAGAAGCUGUUUGUGAAGAAGCCGAGCAGCAAACACCGCAACUCCACUCUGCUGGAGGACAACGGGGAUGGUACAGGAAUCCCUCUCCACUUUUGGGGCGUGUUUGAUGGACAUGCAGGUUCCGGAGCCGCCAUCAUGGCCUCCAAGCUUCUUCAUCGCCUCAUCAGAGACCGUUUGGGAGAAAUCUGCCACCUGCUGGAGAACCCCACCAGUGCACCUCCUAUCUGCCUGGCCAAGAACGGCAGCCCGUACCAGGCGGAGACAAAGAAGGGAGCCACACAGGAACCAGAAGAUCCAGAUGCUGUCAGCGACUCCUCAGUACGCUUUCACAUGGAGAAGGUUGUCAGCUUGGAGAGCCUGGUGAUGGGAGUCAUAGAGACCGCCUUCACACAGAUGGAUGACCUAAUUGAAAAGGAAAAAACGUCAUAUGCCAUCUCUGGUGGGUGUUGUGCCUUAGCUGCCAUUCAUUUGAUGGGGAAACUCUACGUGGCCAAUGCUGGAGAUAGCAGGGCCAUAAUCAUACGAAACAAUGAAGUUAUUCCCAUGACUAAUGAAUUCACACCUGAGUCAGAGAGACAGCGGCUACAGUAUCUGGGCUUCCUGAGGCCAGAGCUCCUGGGUAAUGAGUUCACUCACAUUGAGUUCCCUCGUAGGAUCCAGCACAGUGAGCUGGGCAAAAAGAUGCUCUACAGAGACCACACCAUGACUGGCUGGGCUUAUAAGACAAUCGUUGAAGAUGAUCUGAAAUUCCCCCUGAUAUAUGGAGAGGGUAAAAAGGCACGCGUCAUGGCGACAAUAGGAGUGACCCGUGGGCUGGGCGAUCAUGACCUGAAGGUGUACAAUUCCAACAUUUACAUCAAGCCUUUCCUCUCAUGCGUCCCUGAGGUGAAGGUUUAUAACCUGGAUGAAAACAAACAUGGCCCAGAUGACGUCUUGGUCAUGGGCACAGAUGGAUUGUGGGACGUGACAACGGACAGGGAAGUGGCAGAUGCUGUGUCAGCUUACUUAUCCUGCUGUGACCCCUCUGAUCCCAUGAGGUAUACGCUGGCAGCCCAGGACCUGCUGAUGAGGUCACGAGGAGUGCUGAAAGAGCGCGGCUGGCGGCUACCCAAUGAUAAACUGGGCUCAGGCGAUGACAUCACUGUGUUUGUCAUCCCACUGGCGGGGCAAGAGUCAGAGACAUGACAAGGUGUUGCAGCGACCGCUAUGACAGGGCUGACUCUUUAGGGUCCUUCCCACGGUCCCUCCAAGAUCGCUAAGCCCUGGAUCAACAGGAAGAAAUCACCUUUGUCAUAGGGAAGACUCGGGUCUGAGCAGCACCUUCAUCAACCCACUAGACUGGAUCCAAUCCCAGCCGCUUCACUUCAACCCAGUCGUGUAACAAAAGAUUUUCAGUGACAUUAUAAGAGAAGUCACACUCUUUCUCCCAGCUGUUUGUGACAGUUGCCAGUGAGAAUUAAACCCUUGUUGUAUUUUUGUUUCCUGUUUCUCUUCAAGGCCGAACCGCUACUCAAUCCUUUGAAUGGAUUGUUCAUUUUCAUGUCAUGCCCUGAAUGUGACUCCCUUUUGUAAAAAAAAAAAAAAAAACAAAAAAAAAAGAAGCCUUCUGCAGUUUCACAAUCAUAUAAUGUAAAGGGGAUUGCAGUAGAGAAUGUGAGGAAACCAAAGAGAUGCUGCUAUGGCAUAAGGAUGGAAAUCUGUAAAAAAAUAAAAUAAAUAAAUAAAAAUACAUAAAAGAUAACAAUAAAACAAUAAAACAAAACAAUAAAAUUCAUUAGAUUCAUGUCUGUACAUUAAAUAAGCAUGUAGAAGGUAAAAACAGAGAAAUGGACCUUUUGAAACAGAAUCAGUUGAGUUUGUAUUGCUGUACUUCCUUUGUUAAUGAUGAAUGAAUGACGACACCUUAGGCACUGUUGCACAUGCUCUGUGGUAGCCUGUUGAUUUGCGAUAUAUUUCUAUUGAAUGUGCUCAUAGAUGAUUUGUUUUAUUUUUGUCAUUACAGUAAAGAGAACAGAGGGUUAUACUUGUGUUCUGUAAAAAAAACAAAAAAAAAACAUGAAGGAACAGGAUAAUUUGUUUAACUACAUGUUUUCAUUAUUUAACCCUCGGAGGAGAAAGUAAUUUGUUCUCAGCAUAUGUCUCGGUAUAGUAAGAUGUGAUAAACUUCACACAUAUGCCUUAUUAAGAAAUUAAAGGGACUCAAGAGUUUUUUUCUUCAGAUGCACUAAAUUUGAUCUUUGUAGAAGAAGUGGCAAAGAACAUUGUGUUCCCUUAAAUGUACCAUAUACCUCUUUUGUACCAUUUUUGUCAUGUUGUUUUUUUAGAUUAUCCAUAUAUUUUUAAAGACAACUUUGGUUGUAAGCAGUAUCAGAAGUUUUAUUUUUAUGUUUUGAUCCAUUACUGUUUGUUUAGAGAGGUUUUGUGUCCUAGAAAAUGAGCUACCAAAAUGUGAGGUAGAGGGUUAAUGUGUACCAGUUUAGAAAUAAAUCAGAUUUUUCCCA